AUGGCCGAGGUAGACGCCGCGCCGACGUUCGGCGCUGAGCUGAAGGAUGGCUUCAAGCCCGCCAACGCCUGGGUCACCCACGGCAUAGCAUGGCUCGACGAGAUUCAAGCGUUUUACCGCGAAAGAAGUGCGAUCGAGAAGGAGUAUGCUGCCAAACUCAAUGCCCUGGCCAAGAAGUACUUUGAGAAGAAGAACAAGAAGUCGGCACCUCUAAGCGUUGGCGACACGCCGGCCAUGACCCCCGGCUCUCUUGAGAGCGCCUCUUUGACGACCUGGUCUACCCAACUCACCACCCUCGAAUCCCGAGCGGAAGAACACGACCGAUACGCUAAUAACCUCCUGUCGCAAGUGGCCGAGCCGCUUAAGUUUCUGGGUGGCCGCUUCGAAGAGCUGCGCAAGCGCCAUGCCGAAUAUGCCGGCAAGUUGGAACACGAAAGGGACUCCCAAUAUGCCGAUUUGCGCAAGACGAAAGCCAAAUACGAUUCUGCUUGCCAGGAGGUGGAAAGCAAGCGCAAAAAAUCAGAGUCUGCCUUCGACAAGGCCAAAGCGCAGAGUGCGUAUCAGCAGCAAAUCCUCGACAUGAACAAUGUCAAGAACACCUACUUGAUCGCAAUCAACGUUACCAAUAAGCAAAAGGAGCGCUACUACCAUGAGUACGUCCCCGAGGUUAUGGAUAGUCUACAAGACCUCGCCGAGUUCCGUACCAUCAAGCUGAAUGGCCUCUGGACGGUGGCUUCGCAAUUGGAGGCCGCGAUGCUUGUGAGCAGCAAGGGGCUGAUGGACAACUUGACAACGGAAAUUUCCCGAAACCAGCCUCACCUCGACUCCAUGAUGUACAUUCGCCACAACCUCGGUUCCUUCCAGGAGCCCCCGGACAAAGUCUUCGAGCCCAGCCCGGUGUGGCACGACGAUGAUAACAUGGUUGUGGACGAGACGGCCAAGGUGUACCUGCGCAACGUUUUGAGUAAAUCCAAGGCGCAACUAGGCGACCUGCGUAGAGAAGUUGACAAGAAGAGGCGCGAAGUCGAAGGUAUCAAGCGCGUAAAGCAACGCAUUAGGGAGGGCACCGAGAAAAAGGACGAGGUCUUGGUGGUCACGCAACUCUUCCUGCUGCAGGAGGAUCUCCAUGCUGUGGAUAGAAAGAGGGUGACUGCGGAAGUCGAGACCUCGACCAUUACAUCGGCUGUCGGUGACGUUACGCUUGGCGCAAAGAACCACAACUUCAAGGCACAGACAUUCAAGAUCCCGACGAACUGCGAUCUCUGCGGCGAGAGGAUAUGGGGUUUGUCUGCGAAAGGAUUUGACUGCAGAGACUGCGGAUACACUUGUCACAACAAGUGCGAGAUGAAGGUCCCUGCAGACUGCCCAGGAGAGCAAUCAAAGGACGAACGCAAAAAGCUCAAGGCCGAACGACAAGAAGCUGCCAACGCUCUAUUGAAACCCAGCGCGUCUUCGCCGACGAAUGCAUCAGAUUCGCCAACGUUAACCCGCUCGAACACGAUGAACUCACUAAGCUCAGGAUAUGCGCAGAGUGCUCGUCGGUCAAUAGCAGGUCCAGCCUCGCCAAUAGACGAGGCACCCCCUGAACCGGCGACUCCUCGCCCGGCAGCUCCUGCAUCAAUCAUAAGUUCCGGUGCAGCAAGGAAGAGGGUAAUGGCUCCGCCGCCCGCCGCAUAUAUCAGCGAGCUUCCCGGAAGCGCACCAACGAACGGAUCCUCCGAGCAACAAAAGGGCAAGAUGCUAUACACAUUCGAAGCUAGUGGGGACGGAGAGGUUUCUGUCGUAGAGGGUCGUGAUGUGACGAUGCUGGAACCGGAUGAUGGUACCGGUUGGACCAAGGUUCGCGCUGGCUACAAGGAAGGUAUCGUGCCUUCGAGCUACGUCGAUUGGGCGCCAGCGUCGCCCGUGGUCGCUCAGAACACCGGGGCUUCUGCACGACCCGAUUCGACAUACUCCAACUCGGGCUCUUCGAUAGGAACGGCGACCAAGAAGAAGGGUCCCGCGGUGGCACCGAAACGCGGGGCCAAGAAGCUAAAGUACGUGGAGGCGUUGUACGAGUACACGGCGCAGAGCGAGCAAGAGCACAGUAUGACAGAGGGUGAGAGAUUUGUGCUCAUCAAGCCCGACCCCGGCGACGGGUGGGCUGAAGUCGAAAAGGGAGGCGUCACGAAGAGCGUGCCCGCGAGUUACGUCCAGGCGGUCUAG